UGUUCUCCAUCGACUCCAUCGUGUUUCAUUUCACCGCGACAGUAAUCGUCAGCUUCACUCGAUAAAUCGGAAAAAUGGCCACCCGUCUGCUAAAAAUUAGCAGCGCCCUGCGCACAUAUUCUAAUAAAACCAGCCUCGUAAAGGUAUCAAAACAAUGGCAGUCAACCGCCGCUUCCUUGAAAGAAACACUUAUCAAUCAACCAGCUACCAGAGUUACAACUUUGGAUAGUGGAAUGAGAGUUGCCAGCGAAGAUAGCGGAGCUGCAACAGCUACUGUUGGUCUUUGGAUAGACUCAGGCAGUCGAUAUGAAACAGACGAGAACAAUGGUGUUGCUCAUUUCAUGGAGCAUAUGGCUUUUAAGGGAACCGCUAAACGAUCUCAAACUGAUUUGGAAUUAGAAAUAGAGAAUAUGGGAGCACAUCUGAAUGCUUACACAAGUCGAGAACAAACAGUGUUUUAUGCAAAAUGCUUGUCGCAAGAUGUACCGAAAGCUAUUGAGAUUCUAAGUGAUAUUAUAAAAAAUUCAAAGCUGGGCGAAAAUGAGAUUGAAAGGGAACGUGGUGUUAUCUUACGCGAAAUGCAGGAAGUUGAAACGAAUUUGCAAGAAGUUGUAUUUGAUCACUUGCAUGCUGCUGCGUAUCAAGGAACAUCUUUAGGACGAACGAUACUGGGGCCUACUAAAAAUAUCAAAAGUAUUUCGCGAGACGAUCUUGUUCAGUAUGUGAAAAAUCAUUAUGGUCCGUCCAGAUUCGUAUUGGCUGGUGCUGGUGGUGUAGAUCACAAUCAGUUAAUCGAACUUGCUGAUAAGCAUUUCGGCAAAAUGACAGGACCGGAAUAUGAUGCCAUUCCGGACUACGUUAAAUCUUGUCGCUAUACAGGCUCCGAAAUAAGAGUACGUGACGAUUCGAUUCCUCUCGCCCAUAUUGCGAUUGCUAUUGAAGGUGCUGGAUGGCCUGAGGCAGACAACAUUCCUCUGAUGGUCGCAAAUACCCUCAUAGGAGGAUGGGAUCGUAGUCAAGGAGGAGGCGUAAAUAACGCAAGCAGUUUAGCUAAAGCUUGUGCAGAACAAGGAUUAUGCCAUAGCUACCAGAGUUUCAAUACAUGUUAUAAAGAUACAGGACUUUGGGGUAUAUACUUUGUUUGUGAUCCUAUGCAGUGUGACGAUAUGACAGCGCAUAUUCAACAUGAAUGGAUGAAACUGUGCACAUCGGUUACUGAGAAAGAUGUGGCACGUGCAAAGAAUAUUCUUAAAACCAACAUGUUCUUACAGUUGGACGGGACUACUGCCGUUUGUGAAGAUAUUGGCCGUCAAAUGUUAUGUUAUAAUCGCCGUGUUCCACUCCAUGAGCUCGAGAUGAGGAUAGAUAGCGUAACUGCUGAAACUAUUCAAAAUGUUGGUAUGAAAUACAUUUUCGAUCACUGUCCAGUGAUCGCGGCAGUUGGUCCGGUUGAAAAUUUACCGGAUUACAAUAAUAUUCGUGGAAGUAUGUAUUGGCUCAGGGUGUAACCAUCUUCAAGCAUCAGUUAUUAAUAAAUUUUAGCAUAUUAAUUAGAAAUAAAAUAGAACUACGAUACGCAUAUGUCUGCUCCACUUCUGAUAAAAUAUCCGUACAAAUUGAUAAUACUAAUAAAUUCGAUUUCUAAUAACAAUUAUAAAAAUGGUGUCUUUGUCUAUGUGAGAUUGUAGUUUUAUUUUGCCAAACAUUUACCAAAUGUUCAUCGAUGUAUAUUGCCUGGCGAAAAUAAACACAGUUGAAAAUAUG